UUCAACAUUGGCUCUCAUAGUGCUAAAUUAAAGAGAACACAACUCAUUGAACGCUCAACAGCUCAUAUACAAAGAGGUACCCACUCUAAUCUACUCACCACUUUCAUUUUUACCUUUUUCUCCGUGUGUUUCCGCUCAUCUUUUCAUUCUAUAGGCUGUUAGCUAUAGCGCUACAGAAAACAAACGGAUAAACUCUACACACACCUGUUAAGAAGAAUGACGGACGACUUCCUCAAGUUUGACGGUGACAUACCAACAGGGUCUGACGACUUCCCGUUUGACGUCUCAUCGGCAAUUCCAGAGCAUGAACUUCUGGACUUCAAUCCCACUGCGUAUACAGGGCUUCAGCAACAAGAGAAUGCUGGGGGUUACAAUUUUGGUAUCAACAGCAACGGCAACAACGAGAAUGACAUCGAUAUCAAUAUUGAAACCAUCAACGACAACCAGCUAGGUUCAUCAAAUAUAAGCGAUUUGAAUGACAGAUCGGAUACGCUGGACCCGACAACGUUGUUGUCACGCUCAUCUGUGCCAGGUUCAGUACAUGACUCAUUCCAUAAGGGUUACGCGUCACCUGCUCAAUCAUCAUACCCUAUAAAUUCACAUUUGUCAACUUCAUUCCAAGCACAACGUCAGGGCUCCAUUUACGAUACGCUGGAGAGUAUUGCCAGUCCUGGACAACAGUCCACUUCUGACGCUAUAAAUGCUCAGUAUUUUUCACCACCAGCAAGCAAGCACAUUCCAUUCCAAACACAACGGAAGAACAGCAUAUACCUUCAGCCGUCAUCUUUUCAGCACUCACUUGGUACUUCCAUCAACAGUCCUGGAACCUCCUUCAACGAUGCGCUGAGUCCCUAUGCGUCUGUUGAUGCUUUAAGGUCUCCGAGAAGCAUGGCUGCCUCUCCAGGCGGUGGGUCUCUUCCAAAGCAACAAAUGUCAAAGGACGAGAAACUGAGAAGAAGAAGGGAAUUCCAUAACCAAGUGGAACGUCGUAGAAGAGAUCUGAUCAAGCAAAAGAUCAAAGAGCUAGGCUUGAUUGUCCCACCGUCGUUAUUACUAGUUGAUGACGAUGGUAAGGAGGUUAAGGCUAGUAAAUCUGUCAUCAUCAACAAAACUGUUCAAUACGUGGAGCAUCUGCACAAGGUGCUAGAAGCUCAGAAGACGAGGCAGGAGGAGCUGAUUACAAGAAUUGAAGAACUAUCCAAGUACCCUGAUAGGAAUACAACACCCACAUCAUCAGCUGGAGAUAUCAAUAGUACAAGUUCGGAACCACUUCAACAUCAGCAACAACUAUCAGCUCAACCACAACAACAACAACAGCAACAGCAACGACAGGACUAUAACACUGGUGCCAAUCUAGAUAAUAAUACCAAUGGAGCAUCGAUGUAUUUCGAUGUGGAUGCUAUGCUGAAAACUGAUGAUUGGUACCAAUUGAACAACUGAACACGUAACCGUCUGGAAGAGGUAUCCUACUGUUAAUGAUACGUUAGUUCCAAUAAAA